UUUAGCACUUACACACGUACGUACACCUCCGGCCGGCUAGAAGAAGACCAAGACCAAGAUGUCGGUGCCGGUGGCGUACCAGGGUAACACGUCGGCGGCGACAGCGGACUGGCUGAACAAGGGAGACAACGCGUGGCAGCUGACGGCGUCCACGGUGGUGGGUCUCAUGAGCGUGCCCGGCCUGGUGGUCCUCUACGGCGGCGUGGUGAAGAAGAAGUGGGCGGUCAACUCCGCCUUCAUGUCCCUCUACGCCUUCGCCGCCGUCUGGAUCUGCUGGGUCGGCUGGGCCUACAAGAUGUCCUUCGGCGAGGAGCUCCUCCCCUUCUGGGGCCGCCCCGGCCCCGCCCUGGACCAGGCCUACCUCGUCGGCCGCGCCGCACUCCCCGCCACCGCGCACUACCACGCCGACGGCACCCUGGAGACGGCCAUGGCCGAGCCGUACCUCCCGAUGGCCACCGUGGUGUACUUCCAGUGCGUGUUCGCCGCCAUCACGCCCAUCUUGGUAGCGGGGUCGCUGCUGGGCCGCAUGAGCUUCCUGGCGUGGGUGCUCUUCGUGCCGCUCUGGCUCACCUUCUCCUACACCGUCGGCGCCUUCUCCGUCUGGGGUGGCGGCUUCCUCUUCCAGUGGGGCGUCAUCGACUACUGCGGCGGCUACGUCAUCCACAUCCCCGCCGGCGUCGCCGGCUUCACGGCCGCCUACUGGGUCGGGCCCAGGAGCAGGGAGGACAGGGAGAGGUUCCCGCCCAACAAUAUCCUCUUCACGCUCACCGGGGCAGGGCUGGUGUGGAUGGGCUGGGUGGGAUUCAACGGCGGCGGCCCCUACGCGGCGAACGUCGACGCCUCCAUGGCCGUGCUCAACACCAACAUCUGCGCGGCGGCCAGCCUCAUCGUCUGGACCUGCCUCGACGUGGUUUUCUUCCACAAGCCCUCCGUCAUUGGCGCCGUCCAGGCCGUCAUCACCGGACUAGUAUGCAUCACCCCAGCCGCAGGUGUGGUGCAGGGGUGGGCGGCGCUGGUAAUGGGCGCGCUGGCCGGCAGCGUGCCGUGGUACACGAUGAUGGUCCUCCACAAGCGCUCCAAGCUCUUGCAGUGCGUGGACGACACGCUGGGCGUGAUCCACACGCACGGCGUCGCGGGGCUCCUCGGCGGCGUGCUCACGGGCCUCUUCGCGGAGCCGACCCUCUGCAACCUCUUCCUGCCGGUCACCAACUCGCGGGGCGCCUUAUACGGCGGCGGCGGCGUGCAGCUCUGGAAGCAGAUCGCCGGAGCGCUCUUCGUGGUCGGGUGGAACGUGGUGGUCACCUCCGUUAUCUGCGUGCUCAUCGGGCUCGUCGUGCCGCUGCGGAUGUCGGACGAGAAGCUCGCCGUAGGGGACGACGCCGUGCACGGCGAGGAGGCGUACGCGCUCUGGGGGCACGGCGAGUUGCAUGACGUCACCAAGCAUGGAGAAGCGGAGGAUGAUACCGAGCACGCGCCUGUCUGAUCAUUCAGCCCCAACUCCGAGUAAAUUUUUUUGCACGCGUAGUACUACUAGCUAGCUAAUUAAUUUCCUUAUUCAUGGUUAUGAUUUGCGUUCAAGCUACUAGUACGUUUGUUUUUUGUCACGUUAACUCGUUUUUUUUGUCACAUGCACCUUGCUUUAAAAAAAAAAAAAAAUUUGUGUAGGAU